AUGGACAGCAGCAGUGGCACCUCAAACAAUUCCUCCUCAGGCAAAAACUCUUCCGGGCUGCAAGCACUACAGAAACAGCAUGAAGAGCAAACCAGAAAGAUUGAAAAGCUGAAGAGCCAAAUUGAUUCAGUGAAGCUUGAUUUGGAGAAGAAAAUGAAGGAACCUUCAGGGGAUAAAAAAGAAGUUUUCAAGAGCUUGAGUGACAAAUAUAACAGCCUAAGAGAGGAAUACAAUGCUUUGUUAGCUGAAAAGUCUAGGGAAUAG